UGGUAUACAGAGGGCAUACAAAUUCUAGUGUCCAGUACCUGCCGUGACAAUAUCACAAGCUGUCACUCAGAACAGCUCGUGCACAAGUAAUUAUCUUACCAGAAAUGGGCACGCCCAUAUAUAAAUUAAAACAUGAUAGAGUUAUAUAGCAUUUUAAUUAAGCGUUUAUUUCAUUGUUGUGAUAUAUUGAAUGCUUGGAUAUUUCAAAAAUGGAUAUUUUUGUCAUAACCUUGAUCCUUUCCGGGAUUUUUCUUUAUGCUGGCAUAGAAGCACAAAGAACAUGUUAUGUGUGCUCCGGACAGAGACCCGACAGGGAAUGUGAAAACAACCCAACCGGUGUUGCCAAUGGCUACGGUGGAAAAGUUGGAUGUUCGAAGAGUUUCUGUACAACCCACGUAAGAUACGUCCCACGGGAGAAUUUGUUAGAUUUUGGAAGAAAUAUGGGAAGAUAUGGAAGACUGGAUACAAUGAAAGGACGACCCAUUGCAACUACUCGUCCUCUAACCAUCAACGACUACGAAAUUAGCUCUAUCGCGAGAUCAUGCGAUACCAUAGAUAGAGGCAACACAUGUGAUCGGGAUUGGGACGGUCUUGGCAUCACUUGUUGGACAACAUGUACCAGCGAUGGAUGCAACUCAGACGCCCCUAGACGACCAUCAAUGGAAUUGCUGACUACAUACGGACCACCCAAAAGUACAAAACAGAAUGAUGUGAUUGACUACAGAGGAAACUACAGGGAGAGUGUUGAUAGUGGAAGGAAGGAGGGUGCCAAUGCACGUAGAAAGGGCGCUGAUGGUAGGGAUUAUGCUAUGGAGAAUGAUGUUAGCUCAAAGAUGACGACAGAAUCCACUCCCGAAGUGUUCAUGAAUACAACUGAGCCAAAUGAUACAGAAGAGCUCGGCGAUUUUGAUGGACAGAAAAACAACGCAUUGUCUCUAAACUGUCAUAUAUAUCUUCUGGCUAUGAUUGGACUAUCCCUGAUCUUUGUGAUACAAUGAGUGAGCCUCUGAGACUGAUCUGUACAUACUUGAUGACAAUGAUACAUGUAACUCAAGAUAACACGCGCAUUUUAUAUAACGUACAUAUUAUAUUGAUUACAUUCCUGCAAAAGUUACAGUGAAACAGUAUAUAUACCAUAUUUAGAGCAAAAUGAUUCAACUUCAAAAACACAAGUGCGCCAACUGGCGCCUCGAGUCCUAUUUUUCGUAUAGAGACUCGCCAUGAUAUAUAUAUGCGUUUCCCGAGUAUCAUAACUUAUGAUAAACAUUUCUAUGCAUUUAAAUCAUAUUUAUAUCACCUAUUUAAUGUUUUUGAUGUUCUGGUGUAUUAACUUAAAAUAAACCGUUGCAAAAUUAUUUCAUCAUCAGUUAUUGUCUAUAGAUACUUCACAUAUGUUUCGUGUUACAUAUAUGUUGACCAUGUGUUGACAAUCACUAAUUAUUAAAACAUAAUUGGAUAAAUUUUAACACACUAUUAAUAAAUUACACAUGGUGCAUUCUUAAUGUCUAAACAGACUGUUACGGAACAUAAGAAUUACUUGUAUGGAGAUAAUUGAUAAAAUCAUGACAAGGAAUUAUUGUCAUAAAAUGGAUAUCGAGGUGUGACUUUAAAAAUGAAUGCUUCAUAAUUGAUACUUCAAUAAGAUGAAGACAUUGUCACUACUCAAUUUAACAUGGAUGAUUCUAUCAUGGAGUUCAGGUAAACUACAUACAUUACUUUAUGGUAACAUACGAAGGAGAAACAUAUUACAUGAUAUUUAUGUUUCUAUAUAAUUAUUUACUUAAUCACAUAUUUAUUUAUUG